AGGCGUUCGCGUGCAGUGAUAUGUUAAAAAGAAAAAAGAUCCGGCAAACUUCAAGUUUUACGUAUGUGUGGAACGACUUCUACGUUUAUAAAUAACGCUUGAAAAAUAAGUCGGCGGAGCGACACAUCUGGUGUCACUUUGUGAUCUAAAUAUGGUGGAUGUGAACGGGAAGGUCUAUAUUUCUAAGACUGUGGAAUUAAUCUAUCUCUGAAAUUUAGAAGAAAAUAAAGUUGCUGCGGGUUAUCGGAGUGAGUAGGGAAUUCCAUUCGCCCUUUAAUAUCGAAUCACGUUUUAUAACCACGUUUCGCGCGGACAUGAAGCCAGCAUCUGACGACUUUCUACCGCCGCCUGAGUGCCCGGUGUUUGAGCCCAGUUGGGCGGAAUUCCGAGAUCCUCUCGGCUAUAUAGCUAAAAUCAGACCCAUUGCGGAGAAGUCAGGUAUUUGCAAGAUUCGCCCACCUGCGGAUUGGCAGCCACCUUUUGCUGUAGAAGUUGAUAACUUCAGAUUUACUCCUCGAAUUCAGAGGCUAAAUGAAUUGGAAGCCCAGACUAGAGUAAAGCUAAACUAUUUGGAUCAGAUUGCAAAAUUCUGGGAAAUUCAAGGUUCUUCCUUAAAGAUACCUAAUGUGGAGAGAAAGAUCUUGGACCUUUACAGCCUUAAUAAGAUUGUGGUGGAGGAAGGUGGGUAUGAAGCAAUCUGCAAGGACCGCCGUUGGGCCCGUGUUGCUCAACGCCUUAAUUACCCAUCUGGUAAAAACAUUGGUUCCCUGCUACGAUCCCACUAUGAACGGAUCAUUUACCCUUAUGAAAUGUUUCAGUCUGGAGCUAAUCUUGUGCAAUGUAACACAGAUCCAUUUGACAGUGAAGAAAAAGACAAGGAAUACAAACCUCAUAGCAUCCCUCUUAGACAGUCUGUUCAGCCAUCAAAAUUCAGUUGCUGCAGUAGACGAGCAAAAAGGCUACAGCCUGAGCCGGAACCCACAGAAGAAGACAUUGAGAAAAACCCAGAGCUAAAGAAACUACAGAUAUAUGGGGCAGGUCCCAAGAUGAUAGGCUUGGGUCUCAUGGCUAAGGAGAAGACUCUGAAAAAGAAAGAUAGCAUACAACCAGAUAAAGAAGUGACAUGUCCUGCAACUGUUGUAGUGAAGGGGGAAGCCAGUGAGUUUGGAAAAGUGACAUCAGCAUUUUCUGACAAGAAUUUAAAUCACAGUUUUGAACCUUGUACGAGGAUGACUAUGCAGCUACGGAACAAUCACAGCAGUACCCAGCUUAUGGCUUCAUAUGUUUGCCGAAUAUGCUCUCGUGCGGAUGAAGAUGAGAGGUUUCUGCUCUGUGAUGGCUGUAAUGAUAAUUACCACAUCUUUUGCCUACUGCCACCACUUUCUGAAGUUCCCAAGGGAAUAUGGAAGUGCCCAAAGUGUAUCUUAGCGGAGUGUAAACGUCCCCCUGAAGCUUUUGGCUUUGAGCAAGCUACACAGGAGUAUACCUUACAGAGUUUUGGUGAGAUGGCUGAUUCCUUCAAGGCUGACUACUUCAACAUGCCUGUACAUAUGGUUCCUACAGAAGUUGUGGAAAAGGAAUUCUGGAGGUUGGUGAGCAGCAUCGAGGAGGAUGUGACAGUUGAGUAUGGAGCAGACAUUCACUCCAAAGAAUUUGGCAGUGGGUUUCCUGUCAACAAUAGCAAAUGGAACUUAUCCCCUGAAGAAAAGGAACACAGAGUGAAGAAUGGUCACCCCAAAGGGCCUACUAUAGGGUUGAGGAUGAGACUGGGCAGUUGGAUCUGGAUGAACACAGGAGAGAAGAUCUAUAAUCAACCUACUUCUUCCUCUGAAAGUUUUGAAGCAGAAAGUCCAAGCAGCAUGGGAAUGGCUCAUACAAAGGCAUGUAGCUGUAUUGGCCUCAUGGCCAUCUUGUCACGCUGGUAGGAAUUCACACAAGAAGGAUCACAAUAGCUAGAGGAGGACCAGUAAGCAGUCAGUGCUUACUAAGAGAUCUUGCCUCUGAAAUAUCCACUACCACACUGCUAUUAGCAUCUAAAUCUUUGGGAGAACAUUCACCCUAUUAUAUUCAGCUUACCAGUCAGAAGCAUCUUCUUAAUUGCUUUCUGUUUUGUGGGCCAAGUAACCGAAGUAAAAGUCAUUUCAACUUGCUGAAUGCCAACCAGCUUGUGUAUGUAGACACCAAUGAUUGGCCAGAUGGGAAACUGACAGAUGAUUUGGUAUGUUCUUGAGGCAAACUGAGAGAGGCAUGAGGCCAGGCCUUGAACAUGGAUGAAUGGUUGUCCAGGUAACUCCCAGGAGACACUAAUCAGGAAUGUGUUUUCCCUGACCCAGGGUUAUGCACCUUCUGCUCCCCACACCAAAACACUCUAUACCUCUAGAGGCCAACUUGGUAGGCCAUCCGCUAUCCAUUGAACUAAGAGAUUCUUUGCCCAAUGGCACUGCACUCUCUGAAGGUGCACUGCCUGUGAUAAAACUGGUUCCUACAUGGCCCCUGAACACACUGCACAUCUUCUGGACAAUGUGGUCAAGUCCGGAUGUGUCAGGAGCUCUGCACACUCUCAUAAGCAAGGCAGCUCAGGCAGGGUCUCAUGUGCUCUCCUUCCAGUCUUCUUCUGUCUGACAAGAAUUACUGCAGGAGAUUGAGCCAGAGGUCUUCUGCAAUGACCUGAAAGGAGGUGAGGCAAGUGUCUCUCUAGCUUCUGGGGUCAGAGUCCCUCGCCAGCCUAAGGGCCUUUAAGGACACAUGACAGUCCUUUUGGGAAUAAGACGACCAGAGCACACCACUUCAGCCAGCCUGUUAUCUCCUAGGAAAUUGUGGGCAAACAACCAGUCCAGGAAAGUUAGCCUCCAGGGUUCCUGCUGGUAAAUGGGAGCAGCAAGGCCAAGGGCUUGUCAGUUGAGAGUUGAGAGUGCUUGGCUGUGCAGAUUCCACAGUGCUUAACUGAAAACAGUCAGAAGUAUCUGACUUUUCUGAAACACUGCAUUAACUUGCCCCCUAGGUCCACUAAGUAGUGGCCAAAGGGCUCUACUGUCCAAAUCACAAGUUGAGAUAGUAUGGCCUCAGUCAGUUAGUUGUUCAGAUGUGUUACAGUCUGACAGUGUGGAUUUUCUUACUGAUUUAGACACUGACAGCUCUGGGAAGAAACAUGCUGUGUCCUUUGGACCAUCAGAUGCUGUCAGCCUGGGACAACCAGAAGUAGUGAGAUGCAGGAUGUCAGAGGACCUUCAGACACUUUGUACUCUAGAUAGGGAAACAUGUGCGUUCUGUUGAGUAGAGCUCUGUGGGGUCAGGCUAGUUGAGUGCUGAGGGUCUGGACCCUCACUACAGUUCACUGUAAGUAGACCGAAAGUUUGAAAUUAUGUGCUCUGGACAGCUUAAAGCCAUAGUUUGCGGAGACAGAUACUGAAGGGUAUUGUGACAGGCUUACCCUUCCCCCCCCCCCCCCCAUUCCCUCCGCUUUGCUAAAACUCAUUAGGUUACCUUUCCUAAAGCAAGCCAACAAGAUCUACUUCCUCAUACGGCCACUUCCUCCUCCUGAGACUGACUACCAAGGUCCAGAUGUCAACCUACCAAACGAAGUCCAGCAAACAAAAGCCUACUUUGUCUGGCCUAAUUAAUUAAAUUGGGCAUUUGUCAUGCCCAAAUUGGAAUCAAACAUCCUGUAAAAAUGAAAAUUAAUAUAAAUGAAUGCAUUGAAUUAA